AUGCACACGAUCGGGGUCUGCGCUGCUGCUUUUGGGACUCUUGGCCUAAUGCGGUUUUUUGGUAUGCCCUGGUUGUGGAGUGUGGCGGCUGCUCUGGGCAUCUACAUUGGCACUGGCGGCUGGAGAUUUCUCCGGAUUGUCUUUAAGACUGCCUUGAGGGACCUUCUGGGCCUGUUGGUGCUUAUUCAGGUCAAGUAUGAAUUGAACCGUCAUCGGAAAGCCAACGCCAACGUGCCCAAGAUCUUCCAGAACAUGGUCCGCCGGCAUCCGGACAAAGUGGCUCUGAUCUACGAGUCCACUGACGACAAGUGGACCUUCCGGCGCCUGGACGAGUUCUCCAACGGCGUGGCCAACUUCUUCUCCCAGCAGGGCUUUCUCCCGGGCGACGUCAUCGCCAUCUUUAUGGAGAGCCGGCCGGAGUUUGUGGGCCUCUGGCUAGGGAUGGCUAAAGUGGGCAUCGAGGCGGCCCUCAUCAACUUCAACUUGCGCCUUGAUUCGCUGCUGUACUGCGUGAAAACCUCGGGGGCGAAAGCCCUCAUUUUUGGCUGGGAGCUGUCAGCAGCGGUAGCCGAGGUGAAUGGCAUGCUGGGUAAAAACAUGGUCAAGUUCUGUUCUGGGGACAUGAGCUCCGAAUCCGUUCCUUCGGACACCAAGCAUCUGGAUCCUCUUCUGGCCCAGGCAUCAAAAUCCCCUCCGGCUCAGGUUUCCCCCAAGAGAUUGGACGAUCGACUGUUCUACAUCUACACCUCCGGCACAACCGGAAUGCCAAAGGCCGCCAUCGUGGUGCACAGCAGAUAUUACCGAAUAGCAGCUUUUGGAUAUUACGCCUACAGAAUGACUCCCGACGACAUAAUCUAUAACUGCCUACCACUCUACCACUCAGCAGGGAACAUCAUGGGCGUCGGGCAGUGUCUAAUGCACGGCUUGACUGUAGUGAUCAGGAAGAAAUUCUCUGCCAGUCGCUUCUGGGAUGACUGCGUGAAAUACAAGUGCACGAUUAUCCAGUACAUUGGGGAGAUCUGCAGGUAUCUGCUGAACCAACCAGUCCGGGAGGCAGAAAUGCAGCACCGGGUGCGACUGGCGAUAGGCAACGGCCUGAGGCCCACCAUUUGGGAAGACUUCACCCAGCGCUUCCGCAUCAAGCAGAUCGGGGAGUUCUAUGGAGCGACGGAAUGCAACUGCAGCAUCGCCAAUCUGGACGGCAAGGUCGGUGCCUGUGGCUUCAACAGCCGGAUCUUGCCCAACGUAUAUCCUAUCCGCUUGGUGAAAGUAAAUGAGGAAACCAUGGAGCUGAUAAGGGGUUCAAAUGGGCUCUGUAUCACCUGCGGUCCAGGAGAGCCAGGCCUUCUUGUAGGCCGAAUAAACCAAGAGGAUCCCUUGCGCAGGUUCGAUGGCUAUGUCAAUGAGAAUGCCACCAACAAGAAGAUCGCCUACAACGUCUUCAAGAAAGGGGACCAAGCCUACCUUUCAGGGGAUGUAUUAGUGAUGGAUGACCUUGGCUACAUGUACUUCAAGGACCGGAGUGGUGACACGUUCCGGUGGCGUGGGGAGAACGUUUCCACCACCGAGGUUGAGGGGAUCAUAAGUCACAUCAUCAGCAAGACGGAUGUUGCGGUUUAUGGGGUGGAAGUGCCAGGUGUGGAAGGUAAAGCUGGAAUGGCAGCAAUCGCUGACCCAGAAGCCAAACUGAACCCCAAUGUGCUGUACCAGGAAAUGCAGAAAGGGCUACCCCCUUACGCACGGCCCAUCUUCCUCCGACUCUUGCCGCAGGUCGACACCACAGGCACUUUCAAAAUCCAGAAGACCCGUUUGCAAAGGGAAAGCUACGACCCACACCAGACCUCCGAUCGGCUAUAUUUCUUGGAUGUAAAACUUGGCAAGUACCUACCGCUGGACGAGAGUACGUUCGAGAGGAUUCAGGCCAGGAAGGUGCCCCUGUGA